GUUUACAUCUACUACGAAGUGAGACGAACAGACGCGCAGGGAAGCGGACAGACAGCGAGAACAUUGUCUCAUCGUUUUCAAAGAUCGACUGAAGUUCUGCCAUGCCUGUGGCCUCCAGCAGGACAGAGCCCGGGCCCCAGGUGUUGGAUGCAAUGAGUGACAGCACCACCAGCUCCACUAUUGCUAAUGACCUGGACCUCAUCUACCUCAAAGGCAUCAUGGAGAGCCCUCCGGUGUGCUACACACAGACAUACAGUUUAGGGGUGGGAAUCAGUGGCCCAUUUGAUUACAAGUUAGAGGCCUGCAAUGCAAUUAUGAAACAACUGAUGAAUUUUGAUUAUCUCAAGUCCAGAGCUACACAUCACCACCUGGUUAACGGACGAGAAGUCGGACAGAGUCCAAGAGUGUUGCAAGAGGAGCUACAAGCGGCCAGUGGGAUUGUGGUACUGAAAAUACUGCCCAGCUACCUUGACACCUUCCCACCAAGACAGGUUUUCUUCAAAUGUCAUUAUGACUAUGAUCCAGCCAAUGACAACCUGAUUCCAUGUAAAGAGGCGGGUUUAAGGUUUGAAACGGGAGACAUCCUGCAGAUAGUCAACCAGGACGAUGUCAACUGGUGGCAGGCCUGUCAUGUGGAAGGUGGGAGUGCUGGUCUUAUCCCCAGUCAGAUGUUGGAGGAGAAGAGGAAAGCUUUUGUUAAAAGAGACGUUGAGCUGGCACCUGCAGGGAAUCUUUGCACUGGUGCUGGAGGGAAAAAGAAGAAGAAGAUGAUGUAUGUGACGACAAAAAAUGCAGAAUUUGACAGACAUGAAAUUCUCCUGUACGAGGAGGUGGCCAAGGUCCCGCCCUUCAAAAGGAAAACUUUGGUUUUAAUUGGUGCUCAGGGUGUUGGCAGGCGUAGACUGAAGACCAAGCUCCUACUGAGGGACCCACAACUCUUUGGUACCACCAUUCCAUAUACAUCCCGAAAGCCCAAAAAGGGUGAGCGGGAAAGUCGGAUGUAUGCUUUCACCAGCCGCAGCAAAAUGGAGGCUGACAUUAAGAACGGGCGUUAUCUUGAAUACGGAGAAUAUGAGGGCAACCUGUAUGGCCUAAAGGUUGACUCAAUACAUGAGGUGGUGGAAGCAGGACGCAUUUGCAUCUUGGACGCCAACCCACAGUCCCUCAAAGUGCUGCGCACUUCUGAGUUCCUGCCGUAUGUGGUGUUCCUUCAGUGUCCAGACUUUGAGGUGCUCAAGGCGAUGAAUCGUUCAGCUGUGGAGGCAGGCGUCGUCACAAAGACACUGACAGACGAGGAGCUACAGAAGUCGUGCAAUGAGAGUACGAAGAUUAAAGCAGCCUACGGUCAUUACUUUGACCUCAGCAUCGUCAGUGAGAACCUUGAUGAGACCUACCGCACCGUCAAAGCUGCUCUGGAAACAGUCUCUAAAAACCCCCAGUGGGUCCCUGUUACCUGGGUGUUUUAGAAACCAUUUGGGGAAAAAAGCACUGAUAAGAACUUCUUGUGGACAUACACAGAUAAAUACUGGACAUUUGUAUUUUUCACCAUUUAUCUUAGACCUCUGACUUUAACAGUGACAUCCUGAACAAACUGUAUCUAUAUUGUGUUUGUGAGCACGCUUUCACCAGCCACUUCAUGAGGUCCACCUGUUCAGUUUCUGUUUUUAACACAAAUUUUUAAUGAACCAAUUAGGCAGCAUCCCAACACUUUAAGCCAUCUUAAUAUGGUGAAGGCAUCAGAUGCUCCUCAAUUGGAGAAGGGUGGAUUUUUUUCAUUCAUUCAACCUUUAUUUAGCCAGAUAAAUCACAUUGAGCCUAGAAGAC